AUGUGUUCAAUACCAAAGGUUAAAUGUUGUACGGUUUCUGCGUGUGAUCUAAAUACAUCAAUCAACACACGAGAAGAGCCGGAGAAAGAUCUCGUCAAAAAAGUAGAUUGUGAUAAGCAGAGGAAUGCAACUGAAAUUGGACAAUAUUACAAAUGUUGUACUUUAUCGCCCGUUGAGCCGACUCCUUUGGUUAAUGUCAAUUGUUGUGAAAAAGCGAGACCUUGCAUUAGCAAUUUUUGCUCAGCAGUUAAAGGCGAAUGUAAUAAUUAUGAUUUGACACCGUACGGGAAAGACUUCGUUUUAAAAACAGGAAGAUUAAUUCAAAAAUGCUUAUGUAUAAAAUUUAACGGCCUACAAGAUACCUGUAAACAUACCGGUUGCUGCUCUAGAUUAGGCUGCAUGAGACCUCUUUUUCCAAAUUGUCUACCGGCGCGUAUAUGGAAAGAAGAAUACAUCUGUAAAACUAAGAAGAAACGCUGUCCGUGUGUUUGUGAUUAA